GGGUGUUGAGGGAGAGAGCACAGAAUGGCGUCUCCCUUCCCUCUGGGGACAGAGUGAGGGCAGUGUCAUUCCUCCUGUCCACUACCCCAACUUCUACUCCCAACACUACCACAACAAUGAGCGGUCUGGUGUGGUGGCUGAGGAUUCUUUUGAAGAGGACAAUGCUUCUGCUUCAUCUGAGCAGCUUGAAGCUGCCUGCAGAAAUAGGCAAAACAGCAACUGACGAAAGAAUAAAGUUGAAGGAAACUGGAGUUUCCCUGCAAAACAAGCUAUCAAGAAGACCUAUACAAUGUUCAAAGUGUCUGGCUAAGAGUUGGAGAUCUGGCAGAGAAGCUGUGGCCAGAGGAAGGAGGCUUGGCUGCUGCACCAGACCCAUAGACCACAUCUUUGGAGUGGCUUUGGCCUUGAGGUGCAGCCAGGUAGCUGUAGCUCACCACCUGCCAGAGAAAAGCUUUUUUAACCUCACUGCCUGCCAGGGAAGAGCUUUUUUAAUUUCCAUUUUAAUCUUACAUGAUUAAGGUCAUAUGAUUAAUAGUUAUACCAUCUUCUGUAUAUCUAGCCUGGAGGUUGAGAUGUGAUGGAAUGAUUCCAAAUGUGAAUGUAUACUAUAUUAAAUCCUUGUCUCUACUUUCCUCCAAAUGAGAUCCAUGGGCCUUGUAAAAAAAAGUUGGGAGUCCAAUCUUUUAAAACUAGUAACUCUAAUAAUAGAGAUUUGAGAGACAGAAUGAAGCAUAAUUAAAGCUUUGAUAAGCAUUUAUAAAUCUGUACAUUCUUUCAAUUUUUUUUCACCAUUUUUGAAUGGCAUAUUGGAGUGAUUUGAGUCAGAAAUAACAAUUUUGAACACUUUUGUUUCUAUUUGUUGGUAAUGUGUAAUACCACUGAUGAGAGACAAACUUUGUGCUUGGAAGGAAAGAACUGACACCCUUUCUCUAUAAAUUCUGCUUCACUGCAUGCCACAAGUUUUAUAAUUUAUAUCAGAACUAUUUCUAGACUAACCACUUCAUAAGCAUAAUCAUUUUGUCAUCACAGUUUUCACUAUGCUGCCUUAUCACCAUUGUGCUACAGUGAUCUCAGAUGCUUCUGAUUUCAUAAUGAAAGUUAGGGUUCACUUUAAAACCAGUUGACAACUGAGAGUCUAAAUUCCAAUCCAAGAAAUGAAUUUUGUAUCAUCAAUGAAUGAAAGUGCUUGAUUGUUCUACAAGUUUGGUGAGGAUUGAGGUUGCUGGUUAGUUCUGGGGAGUAGAUUAGUAAAAUUCUGAAGAAGUAUUUUUUAACUGUCUUCACCCAGGAAAACAUGCAGGAAAUGCUGGAUAGUGAAAUUUUUAGAGCAGAAGAGAAUGAGAAGCUGAAAGAUAUUACCAUAAUUAAGGAGAUAGUGGAACAGGUGAUAGAUAGGCUAAGAAAGUUCAAGACACCAAGACCAGAUGAAAUAUAUCCCAGAGUAGUUGGGUUUAGGAAGGGGGAUAAAACCCAGGGAGGAGGUAGGAUUCUUUUAAUCUCUAACGUUUCAGCUGAAUAGCCAUCCUCAGAGAGACUGAUUUACAUGAGUGAAAACACAUUAUUUAUAACAACAAACAAAAUUUUCUCAUAUGACAUUCGUACAGAGUAUUGCCAUCCUGGCGUGUACCUCACCUAAUUUUAUUUUCCUAGUCAGGUGGCAUUAUUCGCCUACGUGACGAGCCUUUACUGGGGAUUUUCCUUGUACCUGACCUGAGGGCCAAUCUGGCGGAAUUACCCACCCACCUGAUAAAACCUUCUCUGUGGUUAAUGACUUCCCUAGUUGUUAUGAGGGCUGCCUCUAUAGCUUUUCUCAUUCUUUUCUUCAAUCCAACUUUAAUUUCUUUAGCCUCUUCCCAUUUUGGUAGGUGAUUACAUUUUUCUAUGUUCAAUACAAGGGAGUUUGAUGUGUUGUGUUUUAAAACAUCUUUCCUAUGCUCUGCUAUUCUUGUUUUAAGUCCCCUGCCUGUUUCUCCUAUGUACUGCUUUGUACAACCUUUGCAUGGUAUGCUGUACACUACGCUGUUAUUAUUAACAAGUCCGGUCUCUUUAGUCCUCGUUAGCUCACCAAUUUUCUCUCCCGCUAAUGUUGCUAUUUUUAAUCCUGUUCUAGACAAAUAUUUAUUAAUUAUGGAAGCCUUGUCCGAAUUUGGUACACAUGUAUAACUCUCUCUUUUGCUGGUUGUACAGAGAUCUUUAUUCUCUUUGUUUUCAGUUGUUAUUUUCUUUGCCUUAUUCUUAAGCCUAACAAGGAGCCCUUCAGGAUAACCCAGCUUUUUGAAAGUUGAUAUGAUAUAUCAUAUUUCUUGCUCUAGGAAGUUGUUGCUGCAAAUUCUGAACGCUCUUAAGUAAAAACCAAUAAUCACAUCAGAUUUGACUCUCAUGCUGUGGGCUGAAAGGUAGUGAAUGAAAUCGUCCUUAUUGGACAUUCAUUCACUUGUUAAUAAUAACAGCGUAGUGUACAGCAUACCAUGCAAAGGUUGUACAAAGCAGUACAUAGGAGAAACAGGCAGGGGACUUAAAACAAGAAUAGCAGAGCAUAGGAAAGAUGUUUUAAAAUGCAACACAUCAAACUCCCUUGUAUUGCACAUAGAAAAAUGUAAACACCUACCAAAAUGGGAAGAGGCUAAGAAAUUAAAGUUGGAUUGAAGAAAAGAAUAAGAAAAGCUAUAGAGGCAGCCCUCAUAACAACUAGGGGAGUCAUUAACCACAGAGAAGGUUUUAUCAGGUGGGCGGGUAAUUCCGCCAGAUUGGCCCUCAGGUCAGGUACAAGGAAAAUCCCCAGUAAAGGCUCGUCACGUAGGCGGAUAAUGCCACCUGACUAGGAAAAUAAAAUUAGGUGAGGUACACGCCAGGAUGGCAAUACUCUGUACGAAUGUCAAAUGAGAAAAUUUUGUAUGUUGUUAUAAAUAGUGUGUUUUCACUCAUGUAAAUCAGUCUCUCUGAGGAUGGCUAUUCAGCCAAAAUGUUAGAGAUUAAAAGAAUCCUAACUCCUCCCUGGGUUUUUAUCCCCCUUCCUAAACCCAACUACUUGUCAACAUGAACAGUUCAUAUCCCAGAGUACUUAAGGAAUGCAAAGAAGUUAUUAGUGAACUGUUAGUUUCUGCCUUUAGGAAAUCACUUGAGAUACCGGUAAUGUGGAGGCAAGUUUAAGCUUUAAGAAAGGAGAUUUAAGCUUAACUUCUGUUGUAGAUAAAAUAAUGAAGUCUGUAAUAGUAAAGAACAUUAGGGAACAUUUAGACAAACAUAACUUGAUAAAUUGGUCACAGCAUAGCUUCACAAAGGGGAAGUCUUACCUGACAAACUUGUCAAGAUUUUACUGUAAAGUUUACAUGGCAGGAGAUAAUGCUGAUAGUUAUGACAUCCUAUAUCUGGACUUCAGUGAAGUGUUUGACAAGGUACCCCAUCAGAGGCUCCUGAGAAAGGUUAGGGCACACGGAAUAGAUGGGAAGGUGUUAGGGUGGAUAAGGUUGUGGCUAAGUGACAGGUGACAGAGUCAUAAUAAACAGCUCUAAAUCGGAGUGGGAUUAAGUAAUUAGUGGGGUGCCACAGGGAUCAGUAUAAGGGCCAUUGAUGUUUUUAAUAUACAUCAGUGACUUGGAUAGUUGAAUUAGUUGUGACGUUAGUAAAUUUGAGGAUGACACGAAGAUAGGUAGAUUAAUUAGAUUAGAAUUGGAUGCCAUUCCCUUGCAGGCAGAUUUGGAUAGGAUGAACGAAUGGACAGACAGAUGGCAAAUGCAGUUUAAUAUAAAAAAAUGUAAAGUACUUAGCAUAAGUAGAGGAAAUCCACACAGAAGGUACACAAUAAACAAUGAACCUCUGGUAGGUUUAGGGUACAAAAAAGAUUUAGAAUUUAUAGUUAGCUCUAAAUUCCAUAUAAGAAAGCAAUGCAUAGAGGCCAGAAACAGGGCAAAUAGGAUAUUAGGAUUUAUUUUUAAGAAUGUUAAAAGUAGAAGUCCCGAAGUAAUAUUAAAGUUAUAUUUGGUGCUGGUCAGACCUCAUCUAUAUUAUGCUGUGCAGUUCUGGUCCCCCAUAUUACAGGAAGUAUAUAGGUCUUUUAGAAUCAAUACAAAGGAGAAUGGCUAAAAGGAUACAAGGAGUGAGGAGUAUUCCUUACAAAGAGAGAUUGAAGCUGUUAAAUUUACAUUAAGAGAGAUGUAGGUUAAGAGGGGACCUGAUAGAAGUCUUUAAAUGCUAUAAGGGUUACAACACAGGGGAUGUAAGCAAAAUUCUUAGGAUUAGUAACCAGGAUAGAACAACAAAUAACAGUUUUAAGCUUGAAAAAUUUAGUUUAAAAAAGAGAUAGGAAGGAAUCAGUUCUCAAAUAGAGUGGUAGAUGAAUGGAACGGACUCAGUAAUCAGGUUGUUGGUGCUGGGUCAUUAGGAAGCUUUAAGAGAAAAUUAGAGAUUUAUGGAUGGGGAUUGAUAGGUGGAAAUAGGUAAGUAUAUUUCAUACAGGAACUGCCACAUGUAUGCCUGAUGGUUUCUUGCAGCUUCCAUUUUUUAUGUUCUUAUAUUCUUAUGAGUAUGUAUCUUGAACCUGAGAUAUUAUGCUUGUCUUAUUAUCACAGGGAUAUUGAUCAUAGAAAAGAAACACUCAUCUUUUGUACUUACAUUUUUUUUUUUUUUUUGUGAAUGUGAAAGAAAAUGCCCUGACAGAAUUAAUUUAUCUUUUUAAGGAACAUAAUGAAAAAAGUUAUAUUUGCAAUUGUCAUGUUUGGGUUAACUAUAAUUAGCCUUAGUUUGUGUUGGCUACACACACUGGAUCAUGUGUGUUGCUGCUGUGAUUAUUAAUGAGUGUAAUUUCCAGAAAUGUGAUUUCAGUACUCUCCUAGCAAGUCAGUUAAACACACAUGAUUUAUUCAAAGCAAAAGACUAUUCAGUGUGUUUGAAGACUACUUGAUAUUGAUAAUAAAACCCAUCUUAAUGCUUACUUUCAGGUUUUUUUUCUGAUUUUAUUUUCAGACAAGGAUAUGUUCACAUUGUUGUUGUUGUUGAGGAGAAACUGUUGUUCUUAGUGAGCUAUGAAAGCCCUGACCCAUUCAUAGCUAUGAAUGUUCCAUGGUUCUUAGUUGCGAAUGAUUUUGCUUUAAAAAAUUACCAGCACUAAGAUGUUCAUAGCCCACUAAGAUAAAUCUUAGAAACAUCUGGGAAUGUGGCUUCUGGCUCCUCAGGGGUAUGUUGUUGUCCGUUAUAAUAAUGAAAGGCUUAUGUGUUGUGUAAAAGUAAAAUUAAGAUAGCAGCCUGUUAUUUAUGGAUAGCAAGCAGGCUGGAGGGAGGGAGAGUGUGAAGUGUGUGGGUGUCGUGGUGGGGAAGUCUCAGUGUGACACGUGAAUCACUGCACGAGCUGUCAUUGGCUGACUCUUCUCGUGCUGCUGUGGCGAGGGAGUUAUUCUCUCUGGCCCCAGCAACUGAUAGCUAUCACUCAAGCGUGACAAAAAGGUUCUGUGGAUAAUUUCACUUGGAUGGAUUUUGACCCUAAUGUGGGGUCCAUUCUGAUGUCUGCACUCUCUCUCGUCAUGUUAGGAAGGUUGGGGAUGACAAUGCAAUAAAAUAGUAAUUUUGACCACAAGGGCACUUAGAUCACUCUGGCUCUGGGAACCUCAUAUAAUAUCUGAUGCAAUAUGAUCAUAGGAUAGUGCAAUUAAUUUUUUUUUUUCCCCCUUCCCCCCUUUUUUCUUUUUUCUUUUUUUUUUUUACCUAGGAGGGACACUGGCCAUGGGCAACAAAAAUCCAAUAAAAAAAAAGCCCACUGUGAUGCUAGUUCCAGAAAAGGGUCCAAACCGGUAGUCAAAAAUUAAAGGAUAAGUGUCUUGAAACCUCCUCCCUCUUGAAGGAAUUCAAGUCAUAAGAAGGUGGAAAUACAGAAGCAGGUAGGAAGUUCCAGAAUUUACCAGAGAAAGGGAUGAAUGAUUGAGAAUACCAGUUAACUCUUGCAUUAGAGAGGUGGACAGAAUAGGGGUGAGAGAAUGAAGAAAGUCUUAUGCAGCAAGGCUGCAGGAGGAGGAGAGGCAUGCAGUUAGCAAGAUCAGAAGAGCAGCUAGCUUGAAAACUGCAGUAGAAGAUAGCUAGAGAUGCAAUAUUGCAGCGAUGAACAGAGGCUGAAGACAGUCAGCUGGAAGAGAGGAGUUGAUGAGACGAAAAGCUUUUGAUUCCACCCUGUCUAGAAGAGCAGUAAUAGUAGAACCUCCCAGACGUGUGAAGCAUACUCCAUACAUGCACGGAUAAGGCCCUUGUACAGAGUUAGCAGUGUGGGGGUGGGUGAGAAAAACUGGCAGAGAUGUCUCAGAACACCUAACUUCAUAGAAGCUGUUUUUAGCUAGAGAUGAGAUGUGAAGUUUCCAGUUCAGAUUAUAAGUAAAGGACAGACCGAGGAUGUUCAGUGUAGAAGAGGGACAGUUGAGUGUCACUGAAGAAGAGGGGAUAGUUGUCUGGAAGGUUGUGUCGAGUUGAUGGAUGGAGGAAUUGAGUUUUGAGACAAUAAACAAUACCAAGUUUGCUCUGCCCCAAUCAGAAAUUUUAGAAAGAUCAGAACUCAGGUGUUCUGUGGCUUCCCUGCGUGAAAUGUUUACUUCUUGAAGGGUUGGAUGUCUAUAAAAAGAUGUGGAGAAGUGCUGGAUGGUAUCAUCAGUGUAGGAGUGGAUAGGACAAGAAGUUUGGUUUAGAAGGUCAUUGAUGAAUAAUAAGAAGAGAGUGGGUGCCAGGACAGAAUCCUGAGGAACACCACUGUUAAUAGAUUUAGGAAAAAACAGUGACCAUCUACCACAGCAGCAACAGAAUGGUCAGAAAGGAAACUUGCGAUGAAGUUACAGAGAGAAGGACACAAGCCAUAGGAAGGUAGUUUGGAAAUCAAAGCUUUGUGCCACACUCUAUCAAAAGCUUUUGAUAUAUCCAAGGCAACAGCAAAAGGUUCACCAAAAUCUCUAAAAGAGAUGACUGAGACUCAGUAAGGAAACCCAGAAGAUCACCAGUAGAGCGGCCUUGACAGAACCCAUACGGUGAUCAGAUAGAAGGUUGUGAAGUGACAGAUGUUUAAGAAUCUUCCUCUUGAGGAAGAUUGAUUCAAAAACUUUAGAUAGGCAGGAAAUUAAAGCAAUAGGAUGGUAGUUUGAGGGAUUAGAACAGUCUUCCUUUUUAGGAACAGGCUGAAUGUAGGCAAAGAAGGAAAGGUAGAUGUUGACAGAGUUGAAAGAGUUUGACUAGGCAAGGUGCAAGCACGGAGGCACAGUUUUGGAGAACAAUAGGAGGGAUCCCAUCAGGCAACCUUUCAAAUCAAUAAUUAAUUAGAAAGUUAUUAUAAUAUCUGUACCACUAUUUCUUACCAUAGAUAGUAUACAUUUAGUUCAGAUAAUACUCCAUUCUUGGCAUCACACUUAUUGAAACAUCACACAACAUCUCUAUAAUGGUCAGAAACAAGUCCAUGUAGCCAUGCACGGUGUGCACUGUGUUGUGUAUUUACCUAGGUGUAAUAUACAGGGCCCGAGCUACACUCAAGUGGUCCCAUCUCCAUACCUAUACAUGUCUAAUUUUUCCUUUAGUUUGUGUACACUUGUUGCCAAAACUAUACAUAUCUUCUUUUAGUCCAUUCCAAA